AUGGUUCAAGCUCGAGCUUUUGACGGCAUCAAUUCUUAUCAAUUGCUCUCCGCAAAUACCCAAAUGUUGGACUAUAUUUAUCCUGGAUUCAUCACCAUGUACUUCAGUCAGGUGCCCACAAAGGAGGGCUAUCGAUUCAAACAGGAGGAGCCGAAUGGCAGUAUACGUGAGGAGAUUGGCGUUAUUAUGAAUCCCGGUACGGCGGAUGAGGAAUUGGUGGUAAUGGGCAUGUACACGGCCUAUGACGAGAACAGCGAUACUGAGACAAUGACGAUAUAUACAGCCGAUAAAAAUGGUUAUAAAACGCGUGUUAAGGUGAUGAAGCGUGGUUUGAGUGCCAAGCUCUUAAUGUCAUUGGCCAAGGGCAGUAAAUAGUGGAAAAUGGUAUACAUGUUGUUUCCACAUUCAAUCAAGAAAUUUAUGUGGAAGUCUCCACAAUAGAAAUAAUUAAUAUAAAUCUACAUAUAUUAAUAAUAAACUAAUC